UUGUGUUGACAUCUACGGGGGAUUGAGAGGUAUCAUUCAUAUUUUUUAUAUUUAACGUUAGCUUUUAUUUCCUAAAACAACGCCCCCUGAUGUUUGGAAGUUUAUUUAUGAUUUCGAUCUGAGUCUGUCAGUACAGAAGCUUUUGGAAGCAAAGCCGACGCACCUGCUACUGUGCCACUGCUAGCCAGAUCUCAUUGUUAGCGUUAGCUAACGUAGCAUGGUCUCUCAACAUCAAUUUGAAAGAAAUACUCGUAAAAGCGAUGCAAUUUUGUUGUUACGCCACAGCGUGUGUUGUUAUGGUAUAAAACGAUCAUGAUAUUAAACUCGUGUUUAACUCUAUGUAGAACAAAGCUGCCGUUUCAUUACGCAAGCUACCAUUCAGGCUGCUAGCUUUGCCGUUAACUUGCUAGCUAACGUUAGUCCAUUUGGCCAAAAUGGCAAAACAGAUGGAUUCGCCACAACAAAGGUUUGUGAAUAGCAGCGAUCUGGUUUCAAAUGAAUUAAUCAAACACCAGGGUGCAAACGACAAAAGUUCAGCCUGAGUAGAUCAUCUCACUUGUUUACUCAUUUAAAGAAUUUGCGAUUACGUGAGUAACAGUGAAGCACAUUUUAGCUGGUUAUCCUGUGCAGAUCGGUGGAUGUUUGUGACUUGGCUGAGUUGAAGUUGAAGUUAAGUUUCAUUCAGUGUCAUGUAAAAGGCCAGCAUUUUUGUUCACUAGGUCCUGUUCGUAACCAUUUUUCUGGUUCUGUCUUCAUUUCUUAGUGUUUGAAUGGAUAUUACCAGGUGCACGGAGAAAUGGGAGAGGCCUCCGACAUCCUCCAUAAUGCUGUCGAGCAAGAAGUCCGACGCUGGGUCCUCCUCCUCCUCCUCUUCAUCGACUGUUGGAGCAGCAGGAGGUGAUAGGGCCCCGGUUUCUGAUGCCCAGACUGGUCCUUCAGCUUCAGCUGCUGGACCUGUGGAUUCAAAGAAGAAGGAGAGGUCGUCCCCUAGUGGGGAACCCGGAGGAGCUCCUUUGCCCCACCAGUCAGGCCCUGGGGGGGCAGAUGCGGACUCAGCUGAAGUCCGCAGGACUAGUCGACGCAAGCGAGCAAAACAGGUGGAGUACCGCGAGAUGGACGAAAGCCUGGCCAAUCUAUCGGAGGACGAGUACUACUCGGAGGAGGAGAGGAACGCCAAGGCAGAGAAAGAAAGGAAGCAGGUCAUCCCUCCUCCAGCUCCGCCACCGGAGGAGGAGAAUGACAGUGAACCUGAGGAACCGUCUGGUGUGGAAGGAGCUGCUUUCCAGAGCCGCCUUCCUCAUGACCGUAUGACAUCCCAGGAGGCCGCCUGCUUCCCUGACAUCAUCAGUGGUCCCCAACAGACUCAGAAGGUCUUCCUGUACAUCCGUAACCGUACGCUCCAACUGUGGCUGGACAACCCUAAAAUCCAGCUGACCUUUGAGGCCACAGCACAGCAGCUUGAAGCUCCAUACAACAGUGAUGCGGUGCUCGUCCACAGGAUACACAGCUAUUUAGAAAGGCACGGCCUAAUUAACUUUGGCAUUUACAAGAGGGUCAAGCCUUUACCCACUAAGAAGACCGGGAAGGUUAUAGUCAUUGGUGGAGGUGUGUCUGGCCUCGCAGCGGCCAGACAGCUGCAGAGCUUUGGGAUGGAUGUUACAGUCCUGGAGGCCAGGGACCGUGUUGGAGGCAGAGUGGCCACAUUUAGAAAAGGCAACUACGUUGCAGAUCUGGGAGCCAUGGUAGUGACAGGACUGGGAGGAAAUCCAAUGGCUGUAAUCAGUAAGCAGGUUAACAUGGAGCUGGCCAAGAUCAAACAGAAGUGUCCACUGUACGAAGCCAAUGGCCAGGCUGGUGAACGGUGCACAAGUGUGCCAAAAGAAAAAGACGAGAUGGUGGAGCAAGAGUUCAACCGACUGCUGGAGGCCACCUCUUACCUCAGCCACCAGCUGGACUUCAACUUUCUCAACAACAAACCUGUUUCUCUUGGACAGGCCCUGGAGGUGGUCAUACAGCUGCAGGAGAAGCAUGUAAAAGAUGAGCAGAUAGAACACUGGAAGAAGAUUGUGAAGACUCAGGAAGAUCUCAGGGAUCUUCUCAACAAGAUGGUGAGCACUAAGGAGCGUGUUAAGGAACUCCAUCAGCAGUAUAAAGAAGCAAGUGAAGUCAAGCCACCCAGAGAUAUUACAGCUGAGUUCCUGGUGAAGAGCAAGCAUCGCGACCUCACCGCGCUCUGCAAAGAGUAUGAUGAAUUGGUGGAGAUGCAGGUCAAGCUUGAAGAAAAGCUCCAGGAGCUGGAGGCCAAUCCACCCAGUGAUGUUUACCUGUCGUCAAGGGAUCGGCAGAUCCUUGACUGGCACUUUGCCAACUUGGAGUUUGCCAACGCUACGCCCCUCUCCACCCUUUCUCUCAAGCACUGGGAUCAGGACGACGACUUUGAGUUCACUGGCAGCCACCUAACAGUAAGGAAUGGUUACUCGUGUGUUCCUGUGGCCCUGGCUGAGGGUUUGGACAUCAAACUAAACACAGCAGUGCGACAGGUCCGAUAUACAGCAUCUGGCUGUGAGGUGAUAGCUGUGAACACUCGCUCCACGACCCAGACCUUCAUCUACAAGUGUGACGCCGUGCUGUGCACACUGCCUCUUGGUGUGUUGAAGCAGCAGCCUCCUGCAGUCCAGUUUGUCCCCCCACUGCCAGAGUGGAAGACAUCAGCUAUUCAGAGGAUGGGCUUUGGCAACCUCAACAAGGUGGUGCUGUGUUUUGACCGUGUAUUCUGGGAUCCAAGCGUGAACCUGUUCGGUCAUGUCGGUUCCACCACUGCAAGUCGGGGCGAACUCUUUCUUUUCUGGAACCUUUACAAAGCCCCAAUCCUACUCGCUCUGAUGGCUGGUGAGGCUGCUGGCAUCAUGGAGAACAUCAGCGAUGACGUCAUUGUGGGACGCUGCCUGGCCAUUCUCAAAGGAAUAUUUGGAAGCAGUGCCGUACCACAGCCAAAGGAAACUGUGGUCACCCGCUGGCGUGCCGACCCCUGGGCACGGGGCUCCUACUCGUACGUUGCGGCAGGUUCUUCAGGCAAUGACUACGACCUUAUGGCGCAGCCCAUCACACCUGGCCCAGCUAUACCAGGAGCCUCACAGCCCGUCCCUCGGCUCUUCUUCGCCGGUGAGCAUACCAUCAGAAAUUAUCCCGCUACAGUUCACGGGGCCUUGCUCAGCGGUCUCCGCGAGGCUGGGCGCAUCGCAGAUCAGUUCCUGGGUGCCAUGUACACGCUCCCCAGACAAGCCACCCCCACCGCCACCAGCAACCCUCAGCAGGCUCAGCCCACCGCCAGCGUCUGAAGUGGCCUCUCUCAGUUUGUGCCAACUCAGGACUGGCUGACCAACUGUAGUAGUCUGUGAAAAAAACAUAAACUGGUGUCUGUGAGUGAAAGAUCUCGGAAGUUCCAGAAACAACUUUGCGUUUUUGCCUUCAGAAUGAAAUAUUGAAACCUCUUGAGUUGAUUUUUCUGGCCGCAUGUAAUGUGGAAUUGAAAGCCUUUCAUUGGAGCAUUUCAGUUCUUUGGACUUGUGUUCCCAGCAAAGUCUGAGAAUAUACAUACAGUAUACCUGCACUAAACGAACAGAGAUGGACUACAAACACUGGGCUGUCAUCAAACAAUAAAUAAUAAAGCCCAGUUUUAUUUCAUACUAAUUGAACAAUCCAUCUUAAACUCCCUAAAAGUGUGGUUUCUCUGUCUUUAAAAACAAAAGUAUGGGAUUACUUUUGGUACUUCAAGUGAAUUUAAUGUAUUUGACCUAAUGUGGAGUUUAUCAGAGCCAAAUGUCUAUUUAUGUCCCCCUUUGUGAACAUUAAGGAAUGGCUGAAAACCUCUUAACGUAAUGCAGACACAACCUAAUAUCCAGAUAUUAUACAUUGUGAAUGACCAACUCAGUAGCACAGUCUCAGUCCAGCCUCAAUCUGUUUUGCUUUUCAAGUGAAAAGCAGUCGUUACUCCAGAGGUCUUGUAUUGGUUGUCUUAAGCAAUGCUAAAUACUGUAGUUGUAUGCCUCUUAAAUUUAAUUUCUAUCAUUUAGGUUGCUGAGUGUAGUGAAAAUAGUUUGUUUUAAAAGCUAAAAAGAUGGAUAUGUUGAAAGAAUUGUGAAUGUUUUCUGUUGCCAUAGCAGUUUAAGUCAUUUAUUAUGGUCAUCAACACUUUUUUAUAUUGUUAAAUGUUUUGUUAUUAAAAGAAGACGGAAAAUUGCUUCCUGGGUUCAGUGUUUCUUGAAAAUGAAACGCAAAAAUGAGAAAUAAUUGUACCGUAUAUGUGAAUUUUUAACGGUGCAUUGAUUAACAAAAGGCAAUGCUUAUUGUA